UUGUAUCCAGACCGUGCUGCUGUAUCGGAGGCAGGAGAGACGGUGGCCAUCAUCUAUGAACAGGACAACACAGCGUACCUCUAUGACGGAUCGGGUUAAACAGUGUACCUCUAUGACGGAUCGGGUUAAACAGCGUACCUCUAUGACGGAUCGGGUUAAACAGCGUGCCUUGUAUAAAGACAGAGAAAGAAGGUUUAGGGUCCAGAACAGAGACCAGAUGGGGUCAGGUACCAGAACAUAUACGGGACUGGGUCAGGUACAGAACAUACACGGGACGGGGUCAGGUACCAGAACAUACGGGACGGGGUCAGGUACCAGAACAUACACGGGACGGGGUCAGGUACCAGAACUAUACGGGUCGGGGUCAGGUACCAGAACAUAUACGGGUCGGGGUCAGGUACCAGAAACAUACACGGGUCGGGGUCAGGUACCAGAACAUAUACGGGUCGGGGUCAGGUACCAGAACAUAUACGGGACGGGGUCAGGUACCAGAACAUAUACGGGACGGGGUCAGGUACCAGAACAUAUACGGGACGGGGUCAGGUACCAGAACAUAUACGGGUCGGGGUCAGGUACCAGAACAUAUACGGGACGGGGUCAGGUACCAGAAAAGACAGACACGGGGUCAGGUACCAGAACAUAUACGGGACGGGGUCAGUACCAGAACAUACACGGGACGGGGUCAGGUACCAGAACAUAUACGGGACGGGGUCAGGUACCAGAACAGACAGACACGGGACGGGGUCAGGUACCAGAACAGACAGACACGGGACGGGGUCAGGUACCAGAACAGACAGACACGGGACGGGGUCGGUACCAGAACAUAUACGGGACGGGGUCAGGUACCAGAACAUACACGGGACGGGUCAGGUACCAGAACAGACAGACACGGGACGGGGUCAGGUACCAGAACAGACAGACAGACACGGGACGGGGUCAGGGUCCAGAACAGACAGAUGGGAUAGGUAGUUGUUACCUUGCUAAAGUGAUGAGGAAUCUAGUUGAUAUGGACCCUGUACUUUAUGUGAUGUGAAAAUCAUGUGAAAUGUAUUCUUGGAAUAUCAGAAGAUGGAGACUGAUCUGUUUGGAUGAACUAGUGUCUGUUUUAUUAUUUAUUAGUGUCUUAGGUCUUAUUCUAAACUGUGUGUUUCCAGCCCUGAAUGCUGAAAGCUGUGGUAUCAGACUGUAUACCACGGCUAUGGGCUGUGUCCAGGCACUCUGUGUUGCGUCGUGCUUAAGAACAGCCCUUAGCCGUGGUAUAUUGGCCAUAUACCGUACCCCCUCAGGCCUUCAGCCUUAACUCUUAUUAUAAACUGUGUGGUUUGAGCCCUGAGUGMUGAUUGGCAUAACAGACCRUGUACCACGGGUAUGACAAAACAUUCAUUUUUACUGCUCUAAUUAUGUUGGUAACCAGUUUAUAAUAGCAAUAAGGCA